GAUGGCUUCCAGUGAUCCAAUAUAGUCAUGGGUGACAAUAUAACUGAGAUGUGCAAAGACGCCCUCCCUAGCUGAGUGAGCAGGCUUGCAGCUUUAGAACCCAUGUGAAUAGGUGAAGCUCUGCAGCUCCGACAGAUGGCCAGAGCUGCCCCGAUUCAGUCACACUGUUGCCGAAUGAAUGCCGGCUCGGAGACUCCCAGAAAGACUGGAAAAAACACAGUCGGAGGAAUAGUACAGAGAACAAGAAAAGAUGGAGUGAUAGAGUUUCCCCCGGUUGUGAGAGAAUAAGGGAAAUGGGAACAUGUUAAUAUGCAUGAGGGAAGAGUUACUGUGUGAGAGAGAAACAGAAAGAGUGUGUUCGGGGAUCGGCUAUGAGAGAGCCCACUCGCACGGCUGACCGAGGGGGAGCCAAGUCAGGGGUGGUCUGCCGUGGACUGGACAGGUGACGGAUCAUUACAUUCGCCUCUCGUAGUUACAUUGUUUCGGCGAAGGAUUCGGAAGUGGGCAUCAGUGAGAAAUAGCUUGAGAAGACACUCUGAGGUUAAAGCCAUGGCAGUGGGGUGGAGACCAGCCACCCUUCUCCUUGUCUUCGUCCUGACAUUCCUCUUGCCCUCGGAUGGAACCAUGUACCUCUCAGGCAAGAGGCAGAGGUCACGUCUUCAGAGGGAUCGACGAAAUGUUCGUCCAAACAUCAUUUUAAUACUUACUGAUGAUCAGGACAUUGAACUUGGCUCCAUGCAGGCCAUGAACAAAACCAGGCGUAUAAUGAUGCAAGCCGGCACCCACUUCUCCAAUGCGUUCGCCACCACGCCAAUGUGCUGCCCUUCCCGAUCCUCAAUACUGACCGGGAAAUAUGUGCACAACCACCACACCUACACCAACAAUGAGAACUGCUCCUCUCCAUCCUGGCAGGCCCACCAUGAACCUCAUACAUUUGCCGUCCACCUUAACAAUUCAGGAUACAGGACUGCCUUUUUUGGGAAGUACCUUAAUGAAUACAAUGGCUCAUACGUACCACCUGGAUGGAGAGAAUGGGUAGCACUCGUCAAAAAUUCUCGUUUCUACAACUACACUUUGUGUCGAAAUGGUAUGCUGGAAAAGCAUGGAACAGAGUACCCGAAGGAUUAUCUUACUGAUUUGAUCACAAGCGACAGCAUCAAAUUCUUCCGUACAUCAAAGCGAAUGUACCCACACAGGCCUGUCCUGAUGGUACUGAGCCACGCUGCCCCUCAUGGCCCUGAGGAUGCUGCACCUCAAUACAGCAAUGCCUUUCCCAAUGCAUCUCAACAUAUAACCCCAAGUUACAACCACGCCCCCAACCUAGACAAGCAUUGGAUUCUGCGAUACACUGGACCAAUGAAACCUGUGCAUAUGCAAUUCACCAAUAUGUUACAGAGAAGACGACUGCAGACCUUGCUGUCAGUGGAUGACAGCGUUGAGAAGGUGUACAACAUGUUGGUGGAAACCGGAGAGCUGGAGAGCACCUACAUCAUCUACAUGUCUGACCACGGCUAUCACAUUGGCCAGUUUGGACUUGUCAAGGGCAAAUCCAUGCCGUAUGAAUUUGACAUCCGAAUCCCAUUCUAUCUCAGAGGUCCCAAUGUGGAAGCUGGUGCCAUUAAUGCUCAUAUGGUCCUAAACAUUGACCUGGCUCCUACCCUGCUUGACAUGGCUGGAAUAGAUAUUCCACUGGACAUGGAUGGUAAAUCUAUCCUCAAGCUACUGGAGACAGAAAAACCAGUCAACAGUUUCACUAGGUUUCAUUUCCACAAGAAGGCGAAAGCAUGGCGAGAUUCUUUCCUAGUAGAGAGGGGAAAACCCCUGCAUAAGCAAGCAGAUGGCAAAGAGGUGGAACAGAAUUCCCUGCCAAAAUAUAAGCGGGUCAGAGAUCUGUGCCAAAGAGCAGAGUACCAGACUCCCUGUGAGCAACCAGGCCAGAAGUGGCAGUGUAUUGAGGAUACCACAGGUAUGCCAAGGUUAUAUAAGUGUAAAGGGAUGGCGGGGCUCUAUGCACCUCGUGCUCUCGCUCUGAUGGCGUCCAGCGGGGCGCAGAACUACAGAGCUCGAUCCACAUCAUCCAACUGUGAUUGUGAACCCACUGUGCCUCUCAAGAGGAAAAAGUCACUCACCAAAAAGACUACACAGUCGAAGUCCAAGAAGAGUUUGCCAAGAAAUCGCUGGGCCCGCUCGGCUCCUUAUCACCUGGACUCAGAUGUUUACACGCUGGACCUGGAAAAGGGCUACCAGCGUCUCAAACUGAAUAACACCAGGCUUAAACUGGGCAGAAAGCAGGCCGUGUAUGGAGAAAAUGAAGAGUUCAGUGGAAUGGGUCCAGCAGACACCAACAUCAACAGUCUCACGCCACCCGCUGCACUUAAAGUCACCUACAGAUGCUCAAUACUGAUGAAUGAUACAGUCAGAUGUGAUGGUGGAUUAUAUAAAUCUCUGCAAGCAUGGAAAGAUCACAAAGUUCACAUUGAGCAUGAGAUUGAGACAUUGCAAACCAAAAUAAAGAAUCUUAGAGAGGUCAAAGGGCAUCUUAAGCAGGCACGACCUAAGGAAUGUGAAUGUAACCAAAACAUGUUUCAGCCCCCAAACAGUAAUCUGUUCAAACUCAAAUCAGGCCGGACACAUUCUCUCAAAAUGGCCUCCAAAGAUAAGAAACAGUGGCUGAUGAAAGAUCAGAAACGCAGGAAGAAGUUGAGGAAGUUUCUUAAGCGACUCCGAAAUAAUGACACCUGCAGCAUGCCCGGCCUUACUUGCUUUACCCAUGACAACCAGCACUGGCACACUGCCCCCUUUUGGACAAUGGGACCAUUCUGUGCUUGCACAAGCGCCAACAACAAUACUUACUGGUGUUUAAGGACCAUAAAUGAGACGCACAACUUCCUGUUUUGUGAGUUCGCCACCGGUUUCCUGGAGUAUUUUGAUCUCAACGCAGAUCCUUAUCAGCUGUUGAACGCGGUGAGCACGCUCGAUCGUGAUGCUGUCAACCACAUGCAUCAGCAGCUCAUGAAACUGCGCAGCUGCAAAGGUCACAAGGAGUGCGAUCAGGAGACAGGUGGUAAAGACAAAAACUCUUUUUAUGAUUACAGGCCCCUACAUCGCCGAAAGAGGCCAAAAGUGAAGAAAGCCUCCUCCAAAUCAAUGGGCCAAAUUUGGGAAGGAUGGGUAGGUUAGAUUUGUCUUUGCUCUCCAUCAUGAAGGACACACACAGAAGUGGAAUGUAAAGUGAUGGACUUUUGACCUGAGGACAGUGAGCACACUGCCGUCUCUAUUAAAGGAUGGAUUUGCUCUCUCUUUGAAUGCAGUUGUCUUUGUUUCCACCCACUACAUUUUCGGACAACAAAUAUCAUGGUUUUUACCAUAAUGGACACUUGGAUUUAAUAACAACCCAGUCACUAUCGGAGCAGACGCACAACAUUAUGUGGCACAAAAUAGAAAGCUCAUCACUUUGCAAUGUGGUGUUAUUGGUUUUCAUUGAUGCUGUGUUUCUGUUAGACUCUGAUAUGCGACUGUGACUUUGUCAUAAGUCAGAGCGAUAACACUUCUGCUCCUGUGCAUAUUCUAAUACAACUUUAAAAGUGGAAAUAAAGCAACCAUCAGAUGUUUAAUUCAUAAUACUUUACUCAUUUUGUACUAUAUGAUGUAAAUGUCAUCUGCAACCUAUGCGAUUGGGUGAUUCUCACGAAAUCCAGGCUUAAAAGGUGUCCAGCAUCAGAUUUUUUUAAAGCCAAUUUUUUUUGCAAGAUUAAGGUCUACUAUAACCAUUCUUUUUAGAGGAUUUAAAAAUAUUUCCUAUAGAAUUAUUUAAAUUUUUUAGAUUAUCAAUAUCAAAAAUUAUCAUUACCGCAACAUGAUAUUACAUUAAAUAUCUGCAUUUACAAACUAAUGUUUCGGUAACGAGAACUAAAAAGUUUUCUAGGUACUAUGACAAACUAAAUUUCAACUUUUAUCUGGAGAGAAAAAAUAAGAACUGCUUACCUGGUAGCCAUCUUGAGUGUCACAGUCAAUUAUGUCCCCUCCAACAUUUUUUUUUUUAAAUGUUAGUUCCUUGAGGGCUUAAUCAAUGAUUGAAAAUUGUUGCGGAGGAUGAGAACCUUUUUGUGGACACAUUUAUAUUCCUUAUUAUUGUCUCUAUAUUUACCAAUGAUCACCAUAUCACGUUUCUUUACUGUAAAUGUUUAUAGUACAACAUGCACUGAAUCUUUGUAUUUUUUUAAAAAAAAUUUAUUAUAAAUAUUUCCAUGUCAAAGAACCAAAAUCCAAUCAUGGACACAUUGCGGUAAUGAAAUUUUUCCCCUUAAAUGUGGAAAAAACAAAAUUGGUUUGUAUGAUGUCAUUUGAAAUCAUGUGCAAAAUAGUACACGAAGAGAUGUUUGUAACUGUAUGCUUCUUUUUUUGAUACUUUUACUUUGCAUUUACUUUUUUAUUAAAAUGUUUCAUGACACCUCAUAAGUCUAAUUUCACGUGAAUCACCCGAUUAUGUUUAUGGAAAUAUGUUGCUUAUCAUUUAAAACAUGGUGCUACUGUAAGUUAACACUUGGAACUGAAUGCAGCAUAUUAUGUUUUUGAAUGUAUGUGUAAUUAAUGUAAAUAUUUUUACCAGACUGAACAUACAGGAGUUUCUCGUUCUGACAGUCAGUAUGAAUGUAUGAAAGGAGAAUACCCUUCAGUCUAACAAAAGUUUUAAGUUUAUUUGAAUGCACUUAUGAAUAACAAACUAAAUGGUUUUGCAGUAUGUGUUGUAGUUAUGAAAUUACACCUGUGUAGCUGUUUUCAUGAACAAGUUCCUUCCUUUUUUUUUUGUUUUAUUUUGCCUUGAAACCUGGAAAACAAUGAAGAUAUGUUAGUUUGUAAAUAAAGUGUUAAAUUCUUGUGAAUA